CCUUCUUUUAAUUUGUUUCAUCAUAUAUAUAAAAUUCAAUAAUUAAGAGGAGGAGGAGGAUUGAUUCCACUGGCCAAAACCUGGCCUGAUAGCGGUUCCAAUAAGAACACCAAAGCAGCAGCUCAGGAUUCCAUUGUCUCUGCCACCCACUUUCCAUCCAGAUCACCGCCUUAACUAAUUAAUUACUCCUCCUUCACUCUAUUAUUAUUAUUAUUAUUAUUAACAGUACUUAUAUAUAAUCGUUUCUGAAGAAGAAGAAAGAAGAAAGAAGAAAGAAGAAAGAAAGAAAGAAAGAUGGGAGUUGAUGGCGGCGAGAUAAUAGUGCAAAAGAGCAUCCCCGUCCUGGAUCUCCCCCCUAGUUGUGCCGCCAUGGAUGUCAAACCCCCGCCGCCAGAAGCGGCUGCUCCUCCCCCUCCACCUGGGGAAUUCGUUCCCAGCAUCCGCUCCGGCAGCUCCUCCGAUAUUGGGCCGCGCAGGUACAUGGAGGAUGAGCACAUCCGGAUAGACAACCUUCCCGCGCAUCUCGGCUCCCUCUUCACCCUCCCUAAUCCCAGCGCCUUCUACGGGAUAUUUGAUGGCCACGGAGGAGCCGAGGCGGCAGCUUAUGUCAGAAAGAAUGCCAUUAGGUUCUUCUUCAAAGAUGCUCACUUCCCCCAAACCUGUGAUAAUAUUGAUGAUCCUGUUUUCUUGGGAGAGCUGGAGACCUGUCUGCGCCGCGGCUUUCUGCUCGCUGACCUCGCUCUGGCCGACGAGCGUAGCGUUAGCACCUCGUCCGGGACAACUGCCCUCACGGCCCUCCUACUAGGAAGGCUGUUGAUGGUGGCCAAUGUGGGGGACUGUCGGGCAGUGCUUAGCAGGAAAGGGGAGGCCUUUGACAUGUCUCAAGACCACAGACCGAAUUGCUCGGGAGAGAGGAGGAGAGUGGAAGCACUGGGUGCAUUCGUAGACGACGGUUAUCUCAACGGGGUUCUGUCCGUGACUCGGGCACUAGGGGACUGGGACAUGAAGCUGCCUCGUGGGUCCCCCUCCCCGCUAACGGCAGAGCCUGAACUGAAGCAGAUCCUUCUGACCGAAGACGACGAGUUCCUCAUCAUCGGCUGCGAUGGGAUUUGGGAUGUGAUGUCCAGCCAAGAGGCAGUCAGCCUGGUGAGACGCGGGCUGAGGAGGCACGAUGACCCCGAACAGUGCGCCAAGGACCUCGUCACCGAGGCCCUCCGUCUCAACACCUUUGACAAUCUCACCGUCAUAGUCGUCUCUUUUGCUUCCCUCGAACAUCUCGACCCAUCCCCGACGCAUCAUCAUCUUCAUCAUCAUCAUCAUCGGAGGUUGAGGUGUUGCACCUUCUCCGCUGAGGCCAUCUGCAACCUGCGGAGCUUGUUGCAGGGUGGUGUUAAUAAUAACAAUGGCGGCAGCAACUGACUGUGUAGAGAACACGCGAACGAGCUUCACGCUUUGGGAAUGUAGCAAGUUUUGGGAAGGAACUUCUGUACAUAUGAUUUGGUUUUGAAUGCUCCCUUAUAUGUGUGUGUUGACGACAUUUGCAGUGUUUUUCUUUUAAAAACUAUCUGAUGUGUAUAGGCAGAUCCACAGCCUGUUUUGUUUAUGUACUCGUAAAUAUUUAUUUUUUGUACGUGUACAUGUAACAUUGAUAUCAGUAUAAAAUAAAUUAAUGUUCGAUCUGAAGAUUUGAUACACAGUAAUGCAGUUAGUAUAAACAGAGAAAGUUAAA